AUGGCUUACGGUUUGAUUGUUUACAUAUGUACAUCGCUCAAUAGAUUGUCAGUAAUACCAUUGAUUGGCAAACCAUAAACCAAAAUAAGAAUUAAAUGCACAGUUUUGAAAAGCGCUAAAUUAAAGCAAAACAAUUGUCAGUCCGUUGUACGAAAAGCGAAAUUUUAA